AUGGUCUGCAGGAAGGGACUCUACUCGAGAGACUCUGUCCACCGCUGCCUAGCUUUGUCUGGUUUCUUGUCGGUGUUACGUCACGUGAAGAUAUCACGUAACACUCUGGUGAGCAGCAGUCAGAGCGUGUGCAGCGAUCAGUACAGCGCUUAUUCGUAUCUAACUCAAGCGGCUGUGGAACUGCACGCUACCCAGCAGGGAACCUCGGUGACGUCACGUGUUCGAAACGAAGCCAUGUGUAUGGAAGUCGUGUCUAUAUUACGCCGCUGUCUCGUACAAGAUGCGUCCGUCAAACAGCUGCUUUAUACAAAGUUGUACGACUGUGCCAAAGACAAAACAGUGUUGCACGAGUCUAUUCUGGAACUGUUGUAUGAGCAUAUUAUCAAGUAUUUGUCUGAUGCCGCUCCCGCAACGAUCUUGUUCGACAAGUGCGUGCAGGUGAACGCUACUUCAGCUAUUUUAACGGAGCCUAUCGGUCAUCUUCUAUACAUAGUGGCGCAGUACCUUCAAAGCGAGGAGGAAGACUUAGAAGAUAUCUUGUGUAGUCAGGACAUCGAUACAGGCAGUGCUCAUCUCAGGAGUAAGCUGAAUACUAUUAUGGAACAGCUUUGUAACGACUUGGGGCAUGUUGAUAUGGAUGAUCCCGGCGUCACAGAUCUGUCAGCGGAAUCCAAUGCUAAGUAUGUAAAGUUCCAACAAGUGUUACAAUGUUACGAGGCGUUGAUAGCUAAUCGCGUGAUGCAGUGGCGUGUUGAUUCUAAAGAUGUCGCCAGCUCUGUGUAUAACAUGUACAAGUCGUGCCAUCAAAUACUUGAACAGGCUAAGACACCUGCAAAAUCAGCGAAGAAAAACAAGACGUUGAACGAAACCAAAGAGACAAUAAAAUCACAAAAAAGUCAAAAAUCACAGAAGAAAGGUCCCAUAAAGUUGUCCAGUUUAACUAAAGAUCGCACUGGGCCGUUUAAAGCUCUGCCGUGUGUUUGGGACCUUAGAUUUUGCGUGAGGAUCGUGGAACUUUUGUACAGCGAAACCGUGGAGUGGUCUUCGCUGGACCAACGCAAUGAGUUGAGAGGUCGUCGCGAUUUCCAUCAUUGGACAUUAAGAUGUGUAACGUCUGUGUUAUGCAACGAACAUUUGGAUAAAAGAUCUGUCACUUGUUAUGUGCCGAAAUUGGCUACUAUACUUUACCAGAGAUGUAUAUGCAGGUUCCAAGAUAUGUGCCACUUCGAUGAUCAGACCACGUUGAACUGCAUAGAAGUGUUCAGAGCUUGUCUAACAUUGUUGCUGUCACCAAGUUAUUCUCUGAAAAUUGAGAGCUUCUUACCGAUCAUAACGGGCGUUGAGGAUACAGUCGCGUCAUCAGGCAUAUCCGAUAUACUGGAACAAUUGCAUACGGCGUUGGUCCAAGUUGAAGCGGAUAGCGACGUGGAGGAGCGAGACGCGUUUAUGAAGAAACACGUCGCCGCCCUCGUACAGACCGCAGCCCUACUCCUCGACACGCCUGUAAUCGUUUGUCAAAAAUUGAGCGGGGUGAUAAUAAAAUACGAGGAGUACUUACGUACAAGUAAGGUGGAUUGUCUCGCGCUGGUGCCGUCAGUACUGGCGGCAAAUGCGCGCGCGCAACAAGAAGCCGCGUUGCUCACAUUAAUUAUAGAUAAAUUGGCCACUGCACUAGGCAACAUCGAUGAAGAAGACACAUCGGCCGCCGAGGAAACCGGUAACUUUCCCAGUAUAGACGCCCGUACCGGUCACUCUGUACUGAAUCACGUGUGUUUGCAUCUUAACAACCGGUUCAAACAUACAGAACAUCUGUUAGCACGAGCUAGAGAUUUGGCGACCGCACAAAAUUACGCCGUCCAUGGAAAUAAGCAAAGGAUCGAAAGAGAACUGAAGGAGUUGUACAAGUGCCUAGUGAUCCAGCUGUGUCAGUUGACUAUUUGGACUGGUAGAUCGUGCAAGGUGCGUUGUUGUAUCGGCAGUGGUAGUGAUCGUGUAUUAUUGGCCGCCAUUGGACUGUACUCGUUACUUGCCACUUUCUUCAAGCAGACGCCGGUUGAUAUGGCUCCUUCGCUUAGAUUGGAGCGCCUGUUGAAGUUGGGCGGCAAGAAGUUGUCCUCUAUAACCGAUACAUUGGUCACAUACUUGGAGGCGUCGCAGCAGCCGAAGCACGCUCGCGGAGUCCUUCGAGAUACAAAACUGAUACCUCGUCUCGUUCUAGAGGCGGAGAACUUCAGCAAGAAUGCAAUACUGCUCGCCAACAAGGCUAAGUUGAACUUCCAACAAUAUCUUUCAUUGGGCACUGCUAGAGACUUCAGGAUCAGAGCUCCUCUACUGCAGGAAGCUUUACAGGCGAGAGAGCAGCCUCAGGAGGACAUCGAUCUGACCAAAGAUGAGGAAGAUGAUGUCAAUAUAAACGACGCAGAGACUGAAAUAUUAUCGCCGGCGCAUUCUGAUGAGAGGAAUAGCGAUGCGGAUGAUGAAGAAACUUCUAGAAAAAAACGUAGAAGGGUUUCUUAAAGUAGUGAUUGUAUUGUAAAUAUAUUGUUUUUUCU